CAUUUUAGUAAUUUAGCAAACGCUUUCUCUAAAUUUCUUGUACGUUUUUGAACAUAGUGUGACGUACGGUGGGUGUGCCGGAGUGUAGCUUGAAGAAAUUAGUGACAUUUAACUAUCAAUGCAAUGGUUGGGGCUAAUGGGGGUUGACAAACGCUAUCACGAAUUAGAUAUUUUGAGACCAAUGACCAUUUUCCAGACAUGUCACAUGGUGAUUGUCAUGUGAGCAUUGGAAGCUGCGGCUUUGUGAUUGACUGGAGAGCGCAGCGUCCCUAUUCUCUUGUAAUUUGUUUCCUCAAUGUUUAGCUUUCUGACAGUCCUAAAAUAUCACUUCUUAAAUUGUAUUAUUCGUAGGAAUUCAUUAAUGUCCUGCAAAGCAUCGCCAUGGCAUCAACGAACUGUAACUGCAUCCAAGACGGUACAGAGAAGGAUGAGCUGUUCUCGCCUGUGAGCAGCUACAGGUCCGAUGACCUCAGUGGCAGGAACCCCCGGGUCACCGGUCUGGUAGGCUCAGAGCUCAGGCAACAGCAGCAGGAGGAGGAGGCACUGCGGAGGAAGCUCAAGUACUUUUUCAUGAGUCCCUGUGACAAGUACCACGCCAAGGGCCGCAAGCCCUUUAAACUGGUUCUGCAGCUGCUCAAGAUCCUCAUUGUCACUGUACAGUUAGUCCUGUUUGGCUUGAGUAACCAGAUGGUGGUGACAUUCAAGGAAGAGAACACAGCAUCCUUUAAACAUCUUUUCCUUAAAGACUACCGGGAUGGCUCUUCAAUGGCAAUCCACACACAGAGUGAACUCUAUAGCCAUAUUUAUUAUGCUGUAGAUCAGUUCCUGGCUCUACCACAGACAUCAGUGGGGCAGUAUGCAUAUGUGUGGGGUGAGGGUGUGAAUGGGAGUGCCCUCUCUCUGUGCCAGCGGUACUACAAGAGGGGCAUCAUCGACCCCAUCAACGACACCUUUGACAUCGACCCCGAAGUUAUCACCGAUUGCAUUGGUGUAGACCCACUACCAGACCCCUCUCCUCCUGAUUACAGUGACUACAAGAACUUAAUUCUCCAGUUUCACAAACUGAUCAAUGUGACCAUUCAGUUCCAGCUGAAGGCAAUAAACAUCCAGACCAUCAUCAACAAUGAGAUCCCUGACUGCUACACUUUUGCUAUUAUGGUUGUCCUGGAUAACAAGGCUCACAGCGGCAGAGUGAAGAUCAGCCUGCUCAACCAUGCCUCCAUCAAGAAGUGCAAAGACCCCAACGUGUGGGGACAUGCGGAGAACUAUGCACGGGAGGCUUUUGACUUGCUGGUGGCCAUAGUGUGUCUGCUGUCCCUGCUGCUGUGUGGUCGCUCCAUCCUCAGAGGAGUCAUCCUACAACAUGAGUAUGUCCAGUUCUUCAGACACAGACUGAAUCACAGUGUGUGCUGGGCAGACAGGAUGGAGUUCAUUAAUGGCUGGUUCAUCCUGCUCAUCAUCAGUGACCUGCUCACCAUCACCGGCAGCUUCAUCAAGAUUGGCAUAGAGUCCAAGGUAAUACAGAACUAUGAUGUGUGUGGGAUUUUGCUUGGUACCUCCACUCUGCUGGUGUGGGUGGGAGUCCUCCGCUACCUCAGUUUCUUCCAGAAGUACAAUAUCCUGAUUGUGACGCUGCGGGCUGCUUUCCCUAAUGUAAUCCGCUUCUGCCUCUGUGUAGCUGCCAUAUACCUGGGUUAUUGCUUCUGUGGCUGGAUCGUGCUGGGUCCUUACCAUACCAAGUUCCGCUCUCUGUCCAUGGUGUCAGAGUGCCUGUUUUCUCUGAUCAACGGGGACGAUAUGUUUGUGACGUUUGCAGAGAUGCAGAAGAGUGGCACGCUGGUGUGGGUGUUCAGCCAGGUCUACCUCUACACCUUCAUCUCCCUCUUCAUCUACAUGGUGCUCUCCCUCUUCAUUGCUCUCAUCACCGGAGCCUACGAUGCCAUCAUGGCCCAAACCCAGGAGCCGAUGCACAUCACAGACCUGCAUGCUUUCAUAGCAGAGUGUACUGAUACACCUUGCUCUGGAAAGUUCAGUGGCCCAGAGGCGUCCUCCUGUUCAUUCUUCUGCUGCUGUGACUGAAGAGAGAAUCCACCAGUGGGAGGAUGUCUUCUAGGUGAUAUGACCUUAGACUACACUGUCCUCUGUAGGAUGUGCCACGUCGGUGCAUUUAAAUUCAGACUGGUACAGUAUGUUACUAACUGCUGUAGAUUGCACAUUAAUAUUUAACACGCCAGUUCAUUGGGUUUUUAUAACUAACAAGUUACAUUCAUAUGGCUAGCACAUUCUGCUAGCUAAUUCAUGACUGUAAUACAGCAAUAUAGCUAGCUGUCCUUUCAGAGAGAACUGAUUUUGCACAACAUACUGUAUAUCUGAAUGUUUUACUUAAUAUGAGUUGUAUUUAUGCUGCAGUUUUGAUUUAUAUUGUUGAUAAGCAUUUGUUGAAUUGGGUCUGCAUGACCCUAUGACUGAAGGACGGCAAUGGUUUAAUUGUGCUUUACUGUGCCUGGGGGGCCCUGAACGUUAUGAUUGUCCUCUGAAUUAUGUUUACGACAGAGACGCACACUAACAGACAGGCUGAAACGUGCACACCGUUAUGUACUGUAUUUUUAGGGAAGGCUACUCACUCUUUGGUCCUUUAUUCCCUUCUCCUCCUCUGGAUGGGAUGACGACAUGUUCAAGGACAGGACCUGCAGCCGUAGUUAGUCAUCAAUAUGUAUGAAGCCUUUGGUGUGAAGAGACAGGUGUUCCUGACCCGAACACCAAUGCGCUGCAAGACAGCUAUAGUGGGUUUUAUAGUGCACCCUACAGAAUCCAUAUUGCUGAGGAAAAGCCACAUUUAAAAAAAAAAAAAACAAUGCUAAAUGUCUUAAACCACCCUUAUUAAUUAUUUUGUUGGAUGACUGUUGCAUCUGACUGAAAUACAAGGAAUUAUUUUAUGAGAUAUGUCUGACGUUGUUAUAUUGAAUUCAGUGGUCAUUUAUUGAAUCUCUCUCCGGUCAAAUUCAUUCUGCAAACCAGUAUGUGGUUCAAAUCAUGAUUCACUGAAGGAAAGGGACUGAAUUAUCAUAUUGGAUCUGUUUUAUUUGAAAAAUCUUUUGAAGUGAUGUAAUUUCAUUGUAUGAAAUGUUAUGAAAGCUUAUAGUGAUGUUCAUUAGGUGAAAAAAGGACUCUAAUUGCACAAGAUUUGUAAGCGAUCAAAAGGAAGGGAAGAGUUGGACAAAUAGAGAAAUCAUUGAUGCCUACCCAGAAUGCACUGUUUCUGGUGAAGUUGUUCUUCCAUUACAUGUUUUCCAAAGAUGAUUUAUUCAAGUAUGUGUUGAUGACCAAAAAUGUAAUUUUUUUUUCCAUUCUUUGAAUGUUUUUACUUGGUACAUUUUAUCUUGCUUGAGAUGAUCAGGUAUGCAUAUACGAUGAGUCGUGAUGACAGAACAUGAAGCGGUGCUAAAUGUCUCAUGACAUGCAGCACAGUGGCGCAGCAGAUUACAUGGAAGGGUAGUAGUACUGUAUUUCUUAACUACAUGUGCUUUAUACUCUGCUAAUGUGAUCAUUUCUGAUUUGUUUUACUUUUUGUUUUAAAAAUGUUGUGGUUAGUUCGACUGAUACUAAUAAUUUUAGUAUGGCCAAAUUGCUCAACGUCUACAUUUUGGAUGAGCGUCUCGAUUGUGCAUAUUUUUUGAUACUUUUUUUUAAAGCCGUUCUUGUUUCAUGCACUUUUCAUUCAGUACAUUGCAUUCCUUUCUGUCUAUUGCCAGUAAACCACCUCCAAUUAAAACUAUUGAAAAGCA